GCAUUCCAGUGCGGUGUUGUUCUUGGAGUGGAUUUAUGAAACGGGGCAGCUGGUGGGGUCGAUCACGGACAAGGCGACGAGCUGGUGGAACAACAACCUUGAGUUGGCGAAGGAGGCGUACUACAAGUUCCAGAAUGAGUCGCCGCUCAAGCGCUUGUCCACUGUGGUGGGCAAUGAUGAUGCUGUGGAUGGGGAAAAAUGGGCCAGGCUGGAGAAGAGGGUGAUGGCACUCCUUUUGGCCUCUAUGAGCUCCAGUGUCAAGGCCGAGAUCACCAUGUUGCGCAUUGAUCGGGUGAAACAUUGUCUGUUCAAGCUGUACACGAUCUAUGCCCCGGGUGGAGCAAGUGAACGGGCUAGCCUGAUCAAGCAGCUGGAGUACAUCCAACCCCAGAACAACAUUAUCGACAUGAUCGCUGCUCUUCGGCGGUGGAAGAAGUUGAUUGGAAGGGCGGCUGAGAUGGGAGUGCAGCCAUCAAGCCCGAAGGAUGUCAACUUCAAGCUGAACAUGGCCAAGAGCGAACUCAGCCUUCCUUACAAACCGGCCUUGUCUUCGGUGUUGACGUAUGCUGACCAUGUCAUUGUGGAGCUCCAGCAGGUGAUACCGUAUGGCAAGGACCAGGGGGCCAAACUCAAGGGUGUGACCACCGACCACAACGCGCCCUCUUCAGCGACUACAUCUCCAACGGGCAAGGGCCAGAAACAGCAGUCACCUUGCAAGUUUUGGGCCACAGACGAAGGAUGCCGGAGGGGUUCAAACUGCAAGUACGCCCACAACUUUGCUUCGAAGGAGGACAAGAAGGCGAGAUGUUGGACGUAUGGCAGCAUCAACCACAGGCAGCAGGAUUGCCCGACCAAGUCCGGGAAAAAAGGGCUCGAAGAAAAGUGGUGUGAUGACGUCAUCUACUACCGUGGGACCUACAUCCACGCAGCCUGCGAGAUCAGGGAGCUGGCGGAGCAGUUCCUUGCGAAGAUCAAGAGGCUCGCACCUUUGCAGGCGGUCACAGACAAUGCAGUGGUGGACUUGGAGCUCUUGCUACGCUCCCAAGGCCUCGGAGAGAGCCAUGGCAUGGCUUUGCUGGUCAGUGGGGCAUCGCAUGCCUACAGGGCCCCCAAGACGCUUGAGGAGGCCAAGGAGGCGAAGCAGGUCAAGGUGCAGCUUGCUGAUGGACGCCAUGUAUUCCUUCGGCAAACCAAGGGAGGCACAUUGUUGGCAGAGGACGACAGUGGUGGAACAAUCCUUCCCUUGGGAAGCCUGGUGAGUUCCUUGGGAUGCAAGCUGGACUGGAGCAAGCGAAAGGGCCUUCGCAUAACGCACCCCGAGCACGGCUUGUUGCCAACGAAGCUGGUGGGCAACACCCCGGUCCUCCGCGAGACCGAAGCCCUCCAGCUGAUUGCGGACCUGGAGCAGCUGGAGCUCGACAAGCUGGAGAAGAACAAUACGGAUGGAGUCCUCAAGAUGAUGUCUGCCGAAGAGUCCCAACUCGCGUGGCUGGAUCACUUGGAGGAGUUCGUGCAAAAGGGUGAGCGGGCUAGCUUGAGGAGGAUGCUCCUGGAUGAGGAGUCUCCGUUGGAUGCAGUGGCCGAAACGGAGGUCGUUAGCCUAAUUGGCGUCGAUGAUCGCCUCCUCUUGUCCGACGAGGCGGGUGAUCACUCCUUGAAGUCGCUCCCCAUCAACAGGGCCAUGAGGAAGCGGUUGUUGAGGACAAGAUGGGUGGUCCACUUGUACAAUGGAGAUGAGAAGGGCGAGGAGUUUGCCAGGGCCGAGUCGGAGGAUGUGACGGUGAUCCGGAUGGAUGUGCGAGACUCCAAGGCCUACGACCUCAAGACCUAUGGACCGGCGGCGAGAGUACUUCUUUGGGCAGCGGCGAGAGGCCAGAUCGAGGGCGUUAUCGGAGGCACCCACUUGGCACCCUUUGUGGACGAGCUCUGCAUGGAUCAAGUUCAAGGCAUUCUGUACUUCAUGGCGUCCUCACUGGGCUUGUCGGAUGGGAUGGACAUUGAGGAGGCCAUUCUCAAUUGGCGCCGCAGCGAUCUUCGGAGGCAUGAGGCUACCUUAUGCAAGAUUGUGGGCCCUCGGGAACUCAAUGCGAAGGACUUAGCCUACUGGGAGACACACGGGCGCAACAACCACAUCCCCUACGACCGCCGCUGCCAGACCUGUGUUCGGGGAAGUGCAACAGGAAGGGCGCAUCGACGAUGUUUGACCCCGAGCGCCUAUACGUUGUCCUUGGACAUCUGCGGCCCUAUGAGGACGCGUGAGGAAUCCCAAGAGGGCAGGAAGUUCCGAUACCUAUUGGUUGGGGCUUAUUCACAUCCAAAGCUGGAUCUGCCAAGAGACCAUAAGAUGCCUGAGGUUGAUGAGGAAGACGACGUCGAGCCGGAGUUGGACCCCUUUGAGGAGGAGGACAAGAUCGACGCCCCACCUGAGGAGGAGGAUGCAGAGCAGAAGGCCCUCAAUGAGAGGUUCAAGCGGAUCUACAAGGACAUUGGUGACGACAUUGAGUGCCAGACGCUUAACUUUGCGGUCCCAAUGACUUCCCGCACAUCUAAGGAGGCCAAGGACACCCGAAGCUGGAUGGAGGCAUUGGUCAGGGAGAUCAAGCGCCGUGUGAAAGCGACAAAGAGACUUGGCCUUGGGAACUACGAAGACAAGGACCUCGCUUUUGGAGCCCCGACACACGUGAAGUACAAGCGCUUCGGUGAAGGCGGUCGAUAUGACCUACUGGAGCGAUGGAAGGAGGGCUUGUUUGUGGGCUACUCUAACGAUGUGAAGGGCGGCCGUGUGGUACGUCAUGAAGAUGGUUCCUACACGACCUCGGUCCACAUCAAACCCUAUCUGGUGGAUUCGGAUGAUCUGGUGCAGCUUGGACCUCAUGAAGUUGAACUUCCACUACCAGAACGGAGGACUAGAGGAAAAACCACUUUGGCCAAGGCCCUCGUGGACCCCAACAACGACAUCGACAACCUCGCGAAAUCGUUCCUCGACAACAACCAGUUUCAACCAGAGCAUGUUAUUGAGUUGUGGAAGUAUCUCAAGGCCAAGGCCAGACCAACCUCAAGAACCACCCAAGGAGAAGGCCUCCAAUGGUUGAUUGGCCAGUCAAUGCGGGAUUGUGAACGACACGUACCUCCACCCAGUGGCAACUACCUACUGGUGCGAGCUUUCAAGGAGAUGACGGGGAGGGACGACUUCACGGCUUUGCUCCUCACCGAGAAUGUGGGUAUGAAGUGCCACCGCGACGUUCACAACAACGCUACCCGAAGCAACUGGCUACUUCCUCUACCACAAUGCGAAGAAGGUGGAGGCGUGUGGAUGGAGUCUUCCCCCGAAGCCUACAGCUGCGACGAUGAGUGGCGGGAGCUGCCGAAGGGAGGAUGGAAAAGAGGUCGAGUUCACGAGCUACAACCUGGCGUUCCUUUGGAGAUCAACCCCAGGCGGUACCAUGCCACGGAGCCCUGGACAGCAACGAGGCUUGUGAUCACGGCCUACACCCCAAGAACUACAAGCAUGAAGCCCGACACCUAUGAGACACUCCGUGAGUUUGGCUUCAACCCACCUCCUCUACCACCUCGUGUACCUGAUCAACUACAACAGACGGUGUUGAAGAUGGUGACGAUGACCAAGACUAAUGAUGAACCCGAGGCGGUGAUGUUCCUGGUCAACGAGAUUGAGGAGGAGAAGCGUGAGCGGGCAAGGGAUGUCAGUCGAGAACUACAGCAACUACAGGAUGAUGUGUUGAAUCGUCUCAAGGAGAGGCGCGAAUGGUUGCGGGAGUUCUUAGCUGAGGAGGAGAUCCUUGCCGAGGAGCUGCAUAUUGUUGGGGAAGCAGUCAAUGAGGAGAUCGAGGGUGUCAAUGGAGCAGUUCGUGAUCUCAUCAAGGAUGUAGAGGAGCAAAUCCAGAAGACCGAGGAGAAGUGCCACGACCUGUAUCUGAAGGUCGCCAAUGUCAAUGACGACAAGGAGAUCGGGGACAUUGAGGAGUAUUUGGCCAACCUCAAGAAGGAUUUGGAUGUCACUCUGGAUGUCCCGCUCGACCAGGUCAAGCGCAACCUGGACAAAUGGGUCGACCCCUUGAGGAAGGAAUUGGCUAACCUCGAGGAGAAAACGGACGCGUCGCCCCAUCGCGGAAGCCGGGGUGCUCGAGCGCGAGGGGCAGCAGCCACCAAGGAACAGCCGCCACGCUGGAAGCGCAAAGCCAGGGUGGUGAUAUGCGGCAAUCACGCUGGACAAUGGCACGACCCGAACGACCUCUUCGCGGCCGGCGCAAGCGUCGAAGGCGCUAUGGCCAACGAACAGGUAGUGUUCAUUGUGAAGCGUGCGCUCUACGGGCUGCGGGAGAGUCCCGCCUUAUGGGCGGCCCACAGGACAGAAGUCCUGAAGGAGUUGUCAGUGGACAGCGAAAAGGGCCGGAUUUACUUGAAGCAGAUGAUGACGGACAGCGAGUUGUGGAUGAUCCUGGAGGAGCCUAAGGACGGUGGCCAACCGAGCUUGAAGGGCAUCCUCGUCACCUACGUGGACGACCUCCUCUACCUGGCUGAUACUCCGGUCAUUGAGCUACUACAUGGAAGGAUUGGGGCUAUUUGGCCCUGUUCCCCGUUGGAGUAUGCAAAGGACGGCCUGAGGUAUUUGGGGAUGGAACUCAAGCAGGAGAAGGAUUUCUUCACGUUGUCCCAGGAGGCGUACAUGGCCAAUCUGGUGCGCCUACACGGUUUGGAUGUUGAUGUCAGUGCGGGACUUCCUUGUCCCAAGGAAUGGAUCCAAGAGGACGAUCAGGCGGCUGAGGAGGAGAACUACAGUUCUUCGGAGCUGAUGAUGGCCCAGAAGGUGACCGGGGAGUGCCUUUGGAUGGCCUACCGUACUCGCCCCGAUAUCCUCUACGCCACGAACGACAUGGCCGCAAUGACUACCAAACGACCUGUUAAGGUGUACCAGAUCGGUCUCAAGGUGAUGUCCUACCUGAACGCUACGGCGGGCUUGAAGUUGAAGGCGCGGCUGCUACAUCUACUUGGGACCUGGGGAAUGAUAGGCCUUGAAGGUUUGGACGAGAAGAAGGUGUUGCAAUGCAUGAAGCUGGGAUGUAUGUUUUUGCUGCUACUGGCGGUUCAAUCCUUGGCAGUUUCGGCGGCAAAGGAACCUCUGCCGGCGGUUGGGACGAUGGAGCUGUUUGUGCUGCUGAUACUCACUUGUAUUUCGGCAGUGGCCCUGUGGGAAGCAGGAAAGGCGCUAGGCAGCUGGGCCUACCCGAGGCUCUUUGGGUCGAAGCGUGAGAGGAAGAUCCGCAAGCUGAAGGAACUCGCAAGGAUCGCAGCCGAGGCUGAGAUCGAGAAGUGGGUGGACGAAGACGGCAACUACGAUGGCGACUACAGCUACGAUCGGAUCUACGAGGCCGAGGACCACUACCCCGUUGCCCAGUCCUACAACCGAGUCGAGCCCGAGGAGCCCGACAACAACGACCAGGCCGGCUACACCACCGUUGCCGGAGAGGGGACAAUCUGUGCCCCCUCACCAAGCUCAGGGCAAUUCGAUCGUGAACGAGUUGUUCAAGACGCUUUGGGGCUGAUGACAGUCCAGCACUUGCGCGAUGGCUUAGCCUCAGAGGGCCUUCCUGUCAGCGGUGUGAAGAGUGACCUCACGAGAAGGCUGGGGGGCCAGCUUGGCGUUGAGCCCCCAGCGGCUCAUUUGCCAACGACCCGCCAGCUUCGCUAUGUUCUGUGGACCUGGAGGCACUUCCAACUGGCGGGAGGUACCCAAAUCUUGUGGGUCAACCUGGCGACUAGGACCGCAGUGUCUGAAUGGUUGGCUCGCUGGAAUCGGAACUGA